UCGAGUGUGUCAGUAUGAUGGUGAUUUUGCUAAACUGCGUUACCCUGGGAAUGUACCAGCCAUGUGAGGAUAUGGACUGCCUUUCUGACAGGUGUAAAAUCUUGCAGGUAUUUGAUGAUUUCAUCUUCAUCUUCUUUGCCAUGGAAAUGGUCUUAAAGAUGGUUGCCCUGGGGAUCUUCGGCAAGAAGUGUUACCUUGGAGAUACCUGGAACCGCCUGGAUUUCUUCAUUGUCAUGGCUGGGAUGGUGGAGUACUCCCUGGAUCUCCAAAACAUUAAUUUGUCUGCAAUCCGUACUGUCCGUGUCCUGAGACCCCUGAAAGCUAUCAACCGUGUGCCUAGCAUGCGCAUCCUUGUGAACUUGCUCCUGGACACCUUGCCCAUGCUGGGGAACGUCCUUCUUCUCUGCUUCUUUGUCUUCUUCAUCUUUGGCAUCAUCGGGGUGCAGCUGUGGGCUGGGCUGCUCCGCAACCGCUGCUUCAUGGAGGAGAACUUCACAAUACAAGGUGAUGUUGUCUUGCCCCCCUAUUACCAACCUGAGGAGGAUGAUGAGAUGCCCUUUAUCUGCUCACUGUCAGGAGACAAUGGAAUUAUGGGUUGUCAUGAAAUACCCCCACUGAAGGAGCGAGGCCAUGAGUGUUGUUUGGACAAGGAUGAUUAUUAUUACUACAAUUCAGUGCGGCAAGAGUUCAAUAUCAGUGGCAUGUGUGUCAACUGGAACCAGUACUACAACGUGUGCCGUACCGGCAACGCCAACCCGCACAAGGGUGCUAUCAACUUUGACAACAUUGGGUAUGCCUGGAUUGUGAUAUUUCAGGUGAUCACACUGGAAGGGUGGGUGGAGAUCAUGUACUAUGUGAUGGAUGCACAUUCCUUCUACAAUUUUAUCUACUUUAUCUUGUUGAUAAUCGUGGGCUCUUUCUUCAUGAUUAACCUGUGCCUGGUGGUCAUCGCCACACAGUUCUCGGAGACUAAGCAGCGGGAGCACCAGCUGAUGCAGGAGCAGAGGGCCCGGUACCUCUCCUCCAGCACUGUCGCCAGCUACAUGGAGCCGGGAGACUGCUACGAGGAGAUCUUCCAAUACGUCUGCCACAUCGUGCGCAAAGCCAAGCGCCGCACCCUUGGGCUGUACAACAGCAUCCAGAGCUGGCGCCAGGGCAACGUGGAGCCGAGUGAUGCCAAACUAGGCACGAACAGGAAAAAACAGAGGCAUUACAGGCUUUGCCAGCAGCACAACUCUCUUGGCUGCCCUCCUCCAGGCUUGGUCCAGCCUGUUGCUGUGACAGCAACCUCAGAUCUCACCAACUGCCCACGAUGCCAUAGCGAGGAGCAUGAAGCAUCCAGAGGGCUCUCUGUCCUGGAUAGUACUUAUUCAGACCAGGAGGAUGGAGGAGCCAGUGAAGGGGAAGGAGAGGGCAGCAGAGAGGACCAGGGUGCCUCGACACUGGAGAAAGAGGAGGAGGUGGAAGAAGGAGGGCGGCUGAAGCUCUGCAGUGACAUGUGGCGAGAAGUGAGGGUCAAGCUCCGAGUGAUUGUGGACAGCAAGUAUUUCAACCGUGGGAUCAUGAUUGCAAUCCUAGUGAACACUAUCAGCAUGGGCAUCGAGCACCAUGAACAGCCAGAGGAAUUGACCAACAUCUUGGAGAUCAGCAAUGUGGUCUUUACAAGCAUGUUUGCUCUGGAGAUGAUCCUGAAACUUGCUGCUUUUGGUCUCUUUGAUUACCUUCGCAACCCCUACAACAUCUUCGACAGUAUCAUCGUCAUCAUCAGCAUUUGGGAGAUCAUCGGCCAGUCAGACGGAGGCCUCUCUGUGCUGAGGACUUUCCGACUCCUUCGGGUCCUGAAGCUGGUGCGUUUCAUGCCUGCACUGCGCCGCCAGCUUGUGGUGCUGAUGAAGACUAUGGACAAUGUAGCCACGUUCUGCAUGCUCCUCAUGCUCUUCAUCUUUAUAUUCAGCAUCCUAGGAAUGCACAUCUUUGGUUGCAAGUUCAGCCUCAGGACAGACACAGGAGAUACAGUUCCUGACCGAAAGAAUUUUGACUCCCUACUUUGGGCCAUCGUCACUGUCUUCCAGAUCCUAACCCAGGAGGACUGGAAUGUCGUACUCUAUAAUGGCAUGGCCUCCACCUCACCAUGGGCUUCCCUCUACUUUGUGGCUCUCAUGACAUUUGGCAAUUAUGUACUUUUCAAUCUGCUGGUGGCCAUUCUCGUGGAGGGGUUCCAGGCUGAGGGUGAUGCCAACCGGUCGUAUUCAGAUGAAGACCAGAGUUCAUCAAACGUGGAGGAGUUUGAUCAGUUUCAAGAGGUCCAGGAAGGCCCAGAUCCCAAGCUCUGUGCAAUUCCUGUAACACCUAAUGGACACUUGGACCCAUCCUUGCCCUCUUCCAACCCACCAGUGGCUGCUGGGGGGGUCACCAAUUCUUCACGCAACUCCCUGCAACUUGACCAGAUCCUUGUUGCUGUUGGAUCCCGGAAGAGUAGUGUGAUGUCCCUGGGGAGAAUGACCCAUGACCAGCGGUCCUUGUCCAGUUCCCGCAGCUCCCACUAUGGUGCCUGGGGCCGCAGCGGAGCCUGGGGGAGCCGUCGCUCCAGCUGGAACAGCCUGGCCCGGGGACACAGCCUGAAACACAAACAUCCCUCAGCCGAGCAUGAGUCCCUCCUGCCUGGGGAAACUCACAGGGCAGCACAUGGGGAGACGGAUGGGACAGGAAGGGUAUUUCAUCACCGCCGGACACUCUCUCUGGAUAAUAAAGGCUCCUGUGACCUGCUGGAGUUGGCCUCGGUCCCGUCCAGCCACAGAGUGACCCAUAAGCUGGGAGCACUGCCUGGAGCCAGCGAGCAUCAGGACUGCAAUGGCAAAAUGCCCAGUAUUGUCAAGGAGAUCUUCCCAAAGAUGAACAAUCGCAAGGAGCGGGGAGAGGAUGAUGAAGAGAUAGAUUAUAGCCUGUGCUUUCGCAUCCAGAAGAUGAUGGAAGUCUAUAAGCCAGACUGGUGUGAGUUACGGGAAGACUGGUCCAUAUAUCUCUUCUCUCCACAAAACAGGUUUCGCCUCCUCUGCCAAACCAUCAUUGCUCACAAGCUCUUCGACCAUGUCGUGCUGGCCUUCAUCUUCCUGAACUGCAUCACGAUUGCCCUGGAGAGACCACAGAUUGAGCACAGAAGCACGGAGAGGAUCUUUCUCACUGUGUCCAACUACAUUUUCACAGCAAUUUUUGUAGCUGAGAUGACACUGAAGGUGGUCUCUCUAGGCCUGUAUUUUGGGGACCAGGCUUAUCUCCGCAGCAGUUGGAACAUCUUGGAUGGCUUCUUGGUCUUCGUUUCUCUCAUUGACAUUGUGGUCUCAGUGGCCUCUGCUGGUGGUGCCAAAAUCCUGGGGGUGCUACGAGUUCUCCGGCUGCUGCGCACCUUACGUCCCCUCCGAGUCAUCAGUCGAGCCCCUGGCCUGAAGCUGGUGGUGGAGACACUCAUUUCUUCCCUCAAGCCCAUAGGAAACAUUGUCCUCAUCUGCUGUGCUUUCUUCAUCAUCUUUGGUAUCCUGGGUGUGCAGCUCUUCAAGGGCAAGUUCUACCACUGCCUGGGAGUCGACAUCAGAAACAUCACCAACCGGUCCGACUGCAUGGCCGCCAACUACAAGUGGGUACACCACAAGUAUAACUUCGACAACCUGGGACAGGCUCUGAUGUCCCUCUUUGUUCUGGCUUCCAAGGAUGGCUGGGUCAAUAUUAUGUAUAAUGGACUAGAUGCUGUAGCUGUUGACCAGCAGCCAGUGACCAACAACAACCCCUGGAUGCUACUCUACUUCAUCUCCUUCCUCCUCAUUGUCAGCUUCUUUGUGCUCAACAUGUUCGUGGGGGUGGUGGUGGAGAACUUCCACAAGUGCCGGCAGCACCAGGAGGCUGAGGAGGCGCGCCGGCGGGAGGAGAAGCGCUUGCGACGCUUGGAGAAGAAGCGAAGGAAGGCGCAGCGUUUGCCGUACUAUGCUACCUACUGCCCCAUACGCCUCCUUAUUCAUUCGGUCUGCACCAGCCACUAUUUGGACAUCUUCAUCACUUUCAUCAUCUGCCUCAACGUGGUCACUAUGUCCUUGGAGCACUACAACCAACCUGUGUCCCUGGAGACCGCCCUCAAGUACUGCAACUACCUGUUCACCACCGUCUUUGUGUUUGAAGCAGUCCUCAAGCUGGUGGCAUUUGGUCUGCGGCGAUUCUUCAAAGACAGGUGGAACCAGCUGGAUCUGGCCAUUGUGCUGCUGUCUGUCAUGGGCAUCACACUGGAAGAGAUUGAAAUCAAUGCUGCUCUCCCAAUUAACCCCACUAUCAUCCGGAUCAUGAGGGUGCUGCGUAUCGCCCGGGUCCUGAAGCUACUGAAGAUGGCCACAGGAAUGCGAGCCCUGCUGGAUACCGUUGUUCAAGCCCUGCCACAGGUGGGAAACCUUGGACUUCUUUUCAUGCUCCUCUUUUUCAUCUACGCUGCUCUAGGAGUGGAGCUCUUUGGAAAACUGGUAUGCAAUGAUGAGAACCCCUGUGAGGGCAUGAGCCGCCACGCCACCUUUGAGAACUUCGGGAUGGCCUUCCUCACACUUUUCCAGGUGUCCACAGGUGACAACUGGAAUGGGAUCAUGAAGGAUACUUUGCGUGACUGCAGCCACGAUGACCGGAGCUGCCUCAGCAACCUGCAGUUCAUCUCCCCACUGUACUUUGUCAGCUUUGUGCUCACAGCCCAGUUUGUCCUCAUCAAUGUGGUGGUAGCCGUGCUCAUGAAACAUCUCGAUGACAGCAACAAAGAGGCCCAGGAGGAUGCAGAGAUGGAUGCUGAGCUUGAGCUGGAAAUUGCUCAUGGGCUGUGCUCCCGCAAGUCAGGCUCUCCAAAUUCAGGACAGGGAAAAGGAGCAGGAACAGGAGGAGAUGGUGGUAGAACAGAUCCUGAAGGACAUCUGUGCACAAGAUGUUACUCUCCAGCCCAGGAGAACUUAUGGCUGGACAGUGUCUCUUUAAUUAUUAAGGACUCCUUCGACGGGGAGUUAAUGAUCAUCGAUAACCUAUCGGGCUCCGUCUUCCACCAUUACUCCUCGCCGGCCAUGUGCGAGAAGUGUAACCAUGACAAGCAAGAGGUCCAGCUGGCUGAAAUGGAAGGAUUAUCCCUGAACUCAGACAAGUCCUCUUCCAUCCUUCUAGGAGAUGAGUCAGACAAUCGAAACACUUCUCAGCUGAGUCCUAAGCAGAUCAAGCAGGAUGGCCAGGACAGCCCUGACUCCAGUGGGGCAGACAAUCUUGGGGAAUGCCUGCUCCCAAUAUCCAGUGAGGAUGGCUCUACAAACCCCGACAGUUACCUGUGUGAAAUGGAGAAUACUCCCUUAAACUCAGUCCAGUCUUGGCUAAAGCAUGAAAGUACCAAAGUCUCUCCUAGCCCCUUCCCUCCAGGUGCAUCUUGCCCUCUGUUACCUGUACCAGCAGAAUUUUUCCACCCAGCCAUGUCUGCCACCCAGACAGGGCCUGAGAAGGUCUCGAGUCCACACAACCUUCCUAAGAUCUCUCUGCAAGGCUCAUGGGCAUCACUGAGAUCUCCGAGUGUGAACUGUUCGCUUCUUCAUCAGCCGCCUGACAGUGAUACCUCGCUGGACAGCCGGAGCAGCAGCUCAGCAGGCAGCCUGCAGACCACGCUGGAGGACAGCCUCAACCUCAGCGACUCUCCUCAGUGCACCCUGGAUCUCCCGGUGGCUCUGUGUCCUAUGCCAGCUGCGGACAGCCAAAGACCCCUGGCAGCUCCCCUCUCCCCUGCCUCCCGCCGCCGGAGCCUGCGGGGCCGGGGGCUCUUCAACCUGCGAAGUAUGUGUCGUCAUCAGCGCAGCCACAGCAGCGGUGGGAGCACCAGUCCCGGCUGCACUCACCAUGACUCCAUGGACCCCUCUGAUGAGGAGGGGGCGGGCAGCAGCCUGCGGGGGGGUGGCAACAACAGCGAGCCCUCGGAGACCCUCAGCAGCCUCUCGCUGACCUCCCUCUUCUCGCCCCCACCACCAGGGCUGACCGUGGUGAAGAAGUGCAGCAGCACCAGCAGCCUCCACGCCAGCCCCUCGCCCCGCCGCCCCGCCAUCCACCACGCCAAGCCCUUCUACACCGUUGACCCCCGGGGCUUCCUCUCGAUGCCCUCCUGGGUGACGGACUUCUGCAAGGACACCCCCUCGCCCAGGGAAGGAGAGGAGUCAGGCGGCCCCGACAGACUGGGGGCAGGGGACCGAAGCUCCCCGCUCCCUUCUGAGCUGGAGCUGGGCGAUGGUGUCAGCAAGAGAAACAGAUGAGGGUCCCUGAGGUGCAGGGAGGGAGCAUUCGGCCGCUGGCAUGGGGAGCAUGUUUCACUAGCUUCUCCCCAGCAGCAAUUCCAAAGGAUUUGCAAGAAAAAGAAACAGGCAAACAAAAAUUUAUAAAUAUAUAGAUACGUAAAUAUAUAUAUAUAUUUUAUAUAUAUAUAUAUAUAUAUAUAAUAAAUACUCUGAUACCGUACCUCAGAGGCGUGGGAGAGUGCAAGCAAUACGGGAAUGGUCCUGCCUAAGGGCAAGACCUGGACCAUCACCACAGAGACUAUAGUGACAAGAAAAGGCCAUGGGGCUUGUAGGGACAGGCCCCUCCAGCCAGGUGACUGCCACGUGGCAGCUGUUUAGUUAUAUACAUAUACAUAUACAUAUAUAGAGAGAUCGAUUUAUUUAUUUUUUUUACCAAGAGAUUAAGAAUUUCAGAAAGUACUAAGGAGGAACAAGCGAAGAGGGGCUGAAGGAGCUGCUACACCAAACAGGCAGGGUGGCAGUGAAGGGAAGGGAAGGGAAGCAGGGUGAGCAGCAAGGGAAGAGCUUGCCUUGCCUGUUUUCUGGGAACUUCCUUAUUGUCCAUGCUUCCGUUUCAAAUGUUAAAAAUUGUGGGCCAGAUCUUCAUGGCAAGUGUAAAUUGGCAAAACAUGAUUGUAUGCUAUUGGUGUAAAGCAGCAGAGCUCUGGCUCGAGGUGGAUUCACGCUGAUUUACAGCAGGUGAAAAUCUGGCCCCAGCAGCAGGGAAAAGCAAACAGCCAUGGAGCACGGGAAACAUUUUGAGGUGAAAAGCCUCACUUUGAAAGGAAUGUGUGAACACAGCAGGCAUGAUCAUGGGAGGAGGGGAUGGAGGCUACAUGGCAUAUUUUUGUUGUUGUUUUGUUGGGUUUGUCUUUUUCAUUUUCCAAAGAAAGAAAACUGCUAAGGGAAAAAAAUUACAAGACUCAUGGAGAAAUUUGAAGUGGGAGAGGCGGGAUGGAAGGAAGGUGGGAGGUAAAAAGGGGAGAGCAAAUUGAACUUUUCCUCCUUCCAUUUACAGUAAUUGUGAUUUCUUUUUUUAGAAGCCCAAAGGUCCAAAAAUCAACCCUAGAAAAACUUAUCUGUUAUUUUUGUAUCUAUAGCUAUAUAUAUUAAAAGCAAACAAAAACUAGAAUAUUAAAAAAUACAUAAAAGCAAAGGGGGCUUCAACAACACAAAACUCAGUCAGUUCCCUGGCCGAGGGCUAACCCUGUUCCAAGUUCUAGUGGGAAGACCCAACAAGGACAGUCUCAACUCAGUGGUGACUGCCUCCUCUCCAGCAUCAUCCUUUGGUGUUUUCCUGAUUUGCAUCAGUGUAGCUGGGACCAGAGUCCUAUUCUCUGCCAACUGUGGACAUGGAGAGCAGGGAAUACUGAUGGGUGUGGGGAUGUGUGUGCAUACAAUUGUAAGGGUGUUCAUGUACGUUCUGUCCAGGCUGACUGGCUCACCAGCUGGAGAGACGGGUGAGAGGGACAAGGAGAACUGCAUCUCUCCUUGUUUCUGCCUUGCAUGGCAGUGUGAGUGGAGAGAGCUGCACUGUGGAGGGUGAGGGCAGAUCAACUUCUCUAACCAUGACCUGCCUCAGGAUCCAGGAUGCAAUCCAGUGAACACAAUCCUCUCCCAAUGUGGUUGGAGCAAGGCCUCUAGAGGCUGCAUCCCUCCUUGCUUUUCCAGAGGUAUAACUGCACAAAUCUCCUUCCUGGCAGGGCCAACCUGGAUCUCCUCCUGCAGCAAUGUCAAGGUUUUGUACCCUUUCCAGAUUUGCAGGUGGGUAAGAAAACCAGCCACUUGAGAGGGACAAGGAAUUUCAGACAUCAUCUGCCACCCCAGCAAGGUUCCACUAAGGUGUGUCAGAGAAGGUGGAGUGGGAAGGGCAGCAGGGAGAAGCCAGCCACCCAAUGGAGAUGUGAAGGUUUGGAGGCUGGUGCACCGAGAAGGAGCAGGGCUCCCUCAGGGCUUCCUGUCCCAUUUUUUCCAUCAGAACAAGAGGGCCCCUGCAGCCCUCACAGAGGUCUCCCAGCUGGCAUAUGAAGCAUUGUGAAGUGGGCGACACAAAACAGAUGUUCUGGUAUUAUUGUGACCCAUCUGACUUUAAAGCAGCUGCUGCAUCUUACAAACCGGGGCUGUAAGCAGUGAGCACAACAAAUGGGACCAACAGCCAGGAAAAGGAUAAUUACUGUGUGAACUUAAUUUAUUUGCUGGAAGGAGUGUUUGCUGUGUUGCAAGUGUGCAUGCUGACUGCAGGGAGGUCAGACCUGUAAGGAGAGAAGAGGAGAGCCUGGGUCCUUGUCCUUGCAGAAAGGAUGCAAAUCUAGUUUUAUUAAAGCAAUAAUAAGGGUCUUUAAAUGCUUUUUUUGCAUUGAUGGUUCUUUGGGUGAGUUGCCCGUGCUUGCUGUCCUGAGGAGGGACGAGACACAUGGUUUCACAUCCUCAGGGAAGGAGGGAAGUCGCUCCCCAAAUGGCUGAACAAUGAACUUGGGUUGCACAAGGCUUAGACCCAAACCCAGAGCUGCUUUGAAGCCAGAGGUAGGGCUUACAAAAAAACCCCAAACAGUUGAAACCUAUCCAAACCCAGGACAAUUCAAAGCAGAGUGUUUCCUGGAAGAUGGCCAUAAGGAGAAUGGAGGUGGGACUCCAAGCUGUCCUGGUAGUUGUGUGGGCCGUGAAAUGUUUCAGUGGAGGAAUGGGAGAAAGGUGAGAGAUCAGUGUGGUGCUAGACAAUACCCCAAUAUUUGAUCAUGAGAGAAACAUGACCUGCACUUGGGAUGGCUGGGAGGAAAGAACUAUCAAAAGAUGUUGGGGAAGAUUGUGGUGAUGACCUCACGGGGGGACUACAGCCCCUAGGAUGGAUGCUCUCUCAGCUUAUUCUUGGUUGUCCAUGGAAGUGACUUGCAAGGAAAAACAUCUUUGUUUCUCCUGUGGUUUGGGGUUCAUGGCAGUCGUUUGGCUCUGAGAGUUGUCUCCCCUUUGCCUCCCAUCAGGGUCAUGCCAGCUCUCCCAUCUCCCUGCAAAAGGGCAUUCACUCUCUACCAUAUAACUUCAGCAAAAGGCUUCUGCCUUAGGAAGGAGGUUGCCAUGGAAACAGAAGACUAGGUUAUCUUUAGAGAAUAUUUUGUCUCUCUCUUUUAAUUAUUUACUAACAGUUUGAAGAAACAUCUAUCCUUUCUGAAAAGGAAGCAGAAUACUCAACCCCAGCAAACACUUUGGUUUUUUGCUGGGGAUUUCUGUGGCGGGGCAGGUUGUACAGUUUCUCUUGGCAAGAGCUGCCUUUCCCAGCUAUGCUUGGCUCUUGGCACACAAAAACCUCUGUCAUCACCCACCCACCUCCCAGACAACACCUGAGGGUAGCCCAGGAUUUGCCCAGGCAUCUUUUCAGCCUCCUGUACUCCCCACUUCCUACUGGGGACUAUCGCAGGCAGUUCCUGCCAGGACGCUCUUUGCUGCCAUCAGCCCGAUAUCACUCUGUUUUGUCCAGCUGCCACACUACCCUUGUGCCCAGCUCUCCCCCACGUCUGCCACUGAAAGCAGUCCCUCUCCCUGCUCGAUACUGAGCUCCUCCUUGAGCUCACACAUUGCUGCCAUGUCCUGCUCUCGCUGCUGCUGCUCUUUUUAUCUUGGCUCAACAGGUGGUUUUCUGAGUCUUUUUUUCUAAACCCUCCCUGUAAAUUUUCCUCCUCUACCAUGACCUCUGGGCCUGUUAGUGUUUUUUAUUGCAGCUGCAGAGCAGAGCCCAUCCCUAGUGCUUCCCACCUUCUCUUUCACAUGGAAUCCACAACUGCUCCAACCUGCCCAUGGAAAACACACCAGUAUUCAGUAUUUCUUCUGCACCCAGAGACUCUGACUCAGCACAGUCAAAUGAGUGAAGUAUACCACUAGAUGUGCUUCUCACGGCUUCUCAGUCUUCAUCUGUCUUCCUUACUACUACCAAAAAUUCCUUAUGAAAUUAGGUAUAUAGGAAUCAAUUGCCAGUGUGACCACUGUUUUCUUUCAUGGAAAGUUGGCAGUGUGAUGCAUUUGGGUUUCUGGGGGUUUUUUGUGGGGUUGGGGUUUUUUCUUUCAUUUUGGGGAUUUUUGUGAGGCCAAGUCCUGUAAAGGACUGAAUACCACGAAUCCUCUAUGAAAUUAAUGAGUUGAGUAGGACUGGGGGAGGGGGAAGGCAGAAGCUGAAAACAUUACUGACCAGAAAAUUAAUUUUUCAGACAGAAGAAAUAUAAAGCAGAAAUCCUUGAAGUGUUCAAGGAAUAGAAUUUUUUAUUUUUCCUUUUAGCUGAAAAUGAAAGGAUUCCCGCCAAAAUGGUUCUCAUGUUCAAAAUGCUUCCAUAGGGCAUCACAGAGGUAUUGUGUUCUUUUUGGGCCGUGGUGACUGAAUCCUCGAGACACCAGGCCAGUCAUCCACCCACAGGGCACUGAAGAUUGGUCCCCAGGCAGUGAGGUGUCUGCAGGACAUGUGCCCUGCACACACACCUUGCAAUGAGGGCAAAAGUCUUUGUAACACCAGCUCAGGAGCAGACACUUAAUUUUAGCCAAUAUAAUUAAAAACUUAACAUUUCUUAUGGAAGAUAAGGAGGUAAGCAGCUUUGGUUCACUUGUUUUUAUCACAAGAAUUUCACAGAGAAGAAAAAAACUAAACCCCACUGAUUUUUUUAACUAGCUAAGAUACAAAACACUUGUAGGAAGAGCUUGGUACUUUGCAAAGUCAGGCAUCUGGAUGUGUGCCACCCAGUUUGACCUGACUUUCCAAAUAUCUCCUUCCCUAGUCAUCAUGAAUACUUUAUCUUAUGAGAUCAGCCUUACUUCGGUCUUUUUUUUCCCCCAUGUUAUUUUUGUUCCUUGCUAGGGAGUGGUUUCCAGUAGGAACUCACUACCUCCAUGUCUUUGAGUUACCACUCAUUUUUUUCAUCUCAUUUAGACAUAUAUAUUUCUCCUCUAGCAAUUUUUCCUUCUUCUACAUAUUUCCAAGCCACGCUUUGAGCAGGAGCUGGCAAUCUGCUGUUCAAUAUUUAUGCCUCCCGGCCACUUCUAGAACAGAUGUGCUCAAUUUGCAAGUAAGGAGCACUCACCCCCAACAAAACCAGCCAACCAUACUCUGUGUUGCAGCGUGCCUCUGCUUUUGCUCCAGCAUCAGCUGUGGCAAUAAGGGCUCUGCCCUUCCCCUUAUGCCAGUGAUGGGAUUGCACAGAUGAACCUUGUGACUGGGUUCAUUCUCACUUUGCAUAUCAGCACAGCUGCUGAGCAUCUUUCAUGCUCGUGACAUUAGUAAGAGAAGGGGGGACUCAGCACCUCAUGAAGUUGCUCCAGUGAGCAGCUGGGCUGUUGCCAUGUAAAGCACAGCAGGCUCCAGCUCACACUCCCUCUUUGCUGUGCAGCGCUGUGGGCACAGAGGAAUACAAAUCUUUUUCCUUAGCAGUGUUGUCUGUAGUCGCCAAAGUCAGAAGAUACAGCUCUCCCUUCGUCUCAUGGUCCACAGAGCAGAAUGAUAGGAGUAAGAGAGGCACUAUUUUUCCAAGACAUUUUCCUGGAGACCAGAGCACUUUAACCCGCUGUCUUAUGCUGCUUUAAUUAUCUGUAUUGGUUUGGAAAACUUUGAAAGGUGCUGUAGCUUUAUUUUGGGUUUUUGAGGGUUUUUUUUUGCUUCUGGUUGCUGCAGCAGUGUUGGUGCACACAGUACACCAUGUAAAAAAAAAAAAAGCUCCUUCUGCAGCAUUUCCCCUCUCUUUCCUCCAGCUUACUCAUCCUGGAUGAUUUUUUUGCACUGCAAGCUACCUGCUUGUGCUGACCACAGUGUAGUGGGAUUUGUCAUUGCCACCACUUUCUUUCUCUUCUUUGCUUUCUUAUGACUGCUGCUAAGGGAAUAGCACUGAAUGUUCCUUCACUGGAGUCUGUCAGAGACUGUCAGAGUAUCUUCAAAAAGAGGGCUAGCAACCACCCAGCACAAGCAAGCAGGGCAACCAUCCCUCCUUCAAUCAGAAACACAUAUGAGCUAAGAUGCUGCUUCAAAACAAAUUGUCAGCAAUACCAUGGGAUGUGAGGAUGACAAUCUGAAGAGAAAAUAUUUUUCAGUGAAACAUCUUUAAUCUGAGCUUUUGUUCUUACAUUGAAAAGUGCCUUCUUAGGGAGAGAGCCACCCACACACAAGCAGAAGUGUCAUUCAAGAACCCAAGGUAUGUGGUCCAUGCACAGGCAGGUAUUUCUAUUACCCUGCAAGUUCUUGGCAUAAGCCUUGCUAUCAAACUAUCACAGCUUUGGAGAUGAAGUAUCAGAGGAAUCCCCCAGAUGCUACUCAUCUUCAAAAAAAGGGACAAAUUGGGCAGGCUGUAUCAGGUAAGCUUUCCUCUAAAACUACCACUGUCACCCUUAGCCGCAUUUAAUAAUUGUUGGGCUGAUAACAAUGAAAGCAGAUAACCCCAUUUCUCCUUUCAAUUACAACUUCACCAACACAGUUAAUUUAUGUUCUCACACACUUCUCCCACCUCCUUAUCUGAACCGUAUUAAGGGUUUGUUUCAAGAUUUGUUCUACGCACAGAAAUACUACACACAUUCUAGAUAACAAUAGAUCUUUCUAAGAAAAAAACUGUGUGCAAUGUAAAUGGGAUGAUGUGGAUAAAAUAUCUGCUUUUGUGUGUAUAGUCCCUCUAUAUACAUAUAACUGACCUGUCCCCCUGUAUGUUUAUAUUUCUUGGCACAAAUUUUUGAGAUUACCUUCCAUUGAAUGUAGAGUUAAUAACACAUGAGAGACUGUUAAUCAUUGGCCACUGAUUAGUUUCUGCUGUUAUUGUAAACCCAGGCAUAGGAGAUAAAUCAGGAAGAAAGAAAAAGAAGGAGAAUAAAAAGGAAACUUACAACAAACAACAUGGCAUUAAAUUAAAAAAAAGAGAGACUAUUCUGAAAAUCCCUCAGUGUAUGCUCAAUAU